GCUGCCGAACGGUUUGAGUUAUAAAAGAUUCGCUAAAAACGUAGAAAAUUCAAUUUCUCGCUUGUGAAGAUUCGAAUGGGACUUUUGCGGAAACAGUUCUGAUUUAAGCGCGUUCGCAACGAGAAGCACGCGCUGCUCGACCUAACGCCCAUAAAAUAUUUGAAAAUACACAGUAUACUUACUUGUGCCAUAUUGUGACUAAGUGAUGCUGUGAAUAAAUAGUUUCUUGAACCAUACUAAUUACAAUUGUUAUGCUCAAGUGUUUAUAAUUAAUUGUAAAGAGUAUAUUAUUUUUUUCUACUGUCAAAUCGAAUUCAAUAAUUUUGAUUCAAGUUCAAAAUAUUUAAAAUUUAGAAUGAAGGUGUUUAUUCCGUUGUUAAUAUUCGCCUGUGCUGUGCUGCUUCCCGCUGUGUUCGCGCAAGCCCAGUACAACUGCGUGACUCCAGAGAAUUAUUAUGGUUACUGCGUGCUAUUACAAUAUUGUCCACAAAUAGCGAACGUAUUCAAUAUACGCAAUCGCAAUCAAGCCGAACGCUAUGUUAUAGCUUCACAACGCUCGUGUGGAACACGAAGUGUUAAUGGUGAUCCAGUGGUUUGUUGCUCACGGCCAGUAAAUCCAGCGCCACAACCGCAGCCGCAGCCACAGCCACGACCACAACCACAGCCUCAGAUACGACCACAACCAUUACCACAGCCACGGCCACAACCGCAACCGCUUCCACAACCUGAACCACAAAUACGUCCACAGCCUUCCACUGAAAGUCCAACAAAUCCCUUCCUGCCACAAACUACAUCUGCACCAAACAUAAUUCAACCGAGACCACCGCCAAACCAAGGUCAACUUGUUACUUCAACGGCGCGUCCCACAAUAGCGCCCACUCUAAGCCCCACGACUGCACCCGUAGAAAUCGGCGAACGCUUGACAGGCGACUCUUGUGUGGAUCCGAAACUGAGACGCGGUGUUUGUGUUGCGAUUGCCAAGUGCAGCCAGCUGGUUACAGAGCUUUACGCCAAGUCGAAUGACCCCGAGUUUGCCGACUUCCUGCGUGCUUCGAAUCGCAAUUGUGGCGGCGUUGCAUCCGUGGCAUGUUGUCCCACGAGCGAUAAUGUUAUUAAGGCUCCGACAGUGAUAGUGGUCAACAGCGAUGAUAUACCCACACGUCCACCCACUUUGGAGGAGGGUUGCGGCUACACGCACAACACCUACAAGAAAAUUGUUGGCGGCGAGGUGAGUAAGAAGGGCGCUUGGCCAUGGGCUGUGCUCUUGGCGUAUCCCGACGGCUCAGCAAGUUCACCAUUCAAGUGUGGUGGCACCUUGGUGACGGCGCGACACAUCGUCACAGCGGCGCAUUGCAUACGUAGCGAUCUCGCCUAUGUUCGUUUGGGAGAACACGACCUGAGCACCGACACGGAAACACGCCACGAAGAUGUCAACAUUGUGCGGAAAGAAGCCCAUCCACAGUACAACAGACGCAAUGGCAAAAACGAUGUGGCAGUGCUAUGGCUCGAGCGCAACGUAAAAUUCAGAGAGACGAUUUCACCGAUUUGCCUGCCUACCGCAGCGCCGAUACGCCAAAAGUCCUAUGUAUCUUAUACGCCCUUCGUCGUGGGCUGGGGCAAGACUAUGGAGGGUGGCGUCUCGUCGAAUGUCUUGCAGGAAUUGCAAAUACCAAUCUUUAAGAAUGAUGUCUGUGAACGUAGUUACAAGAACAUUAAUCGUUUGGUGUCUGAAGACCAAUUCGAUAGUGGUGUGUUGUGCGCAGGUGUGCUAUCAGGCGGCAAGGAUACGUGUCAAGGUGACUCGGGCGGUCCACUGAUGAUACCAGAGUCUUACAAGAACAAUGUGCGUUAUUACCUGAUCGGUGUGGUUUCGUAUGGCGUGGGUUGUGCGCGUCCUGAAGUGCCAGGUGUUUACGCCAGUGUGCAGCACUAUGUCGACUGGAUAUUGGAGAAGAUUGCUGAUACACCUUGAGAUUCCUUUUUUAAUUUAUAUUUACGGAUAAAAUACUUACUUUUUAUACUUAAUACACAACUAAGUGCUGCGGUAUUUUAUUGUUUAGAAAGUGAUAUGACU